CGCGAGGACCUGCGGCCACCGCAGCGGACAGCGCCCAGAGAAGCCUUGCUUCCCUCCCGCGGCGACCGGGGCCCGAGCCGGAAAGCAGCAGGUGUAGCCACCCGCCCAGAAACCAGACGCCAUGUGUGACGAAGACGAGACCACCGCCCUCGUGUGCGACAAUGGCUCUGGCCUGGUGAAAGCCGGCUUCGCCGGCGAUGACGCCCCGAGGGCCGUGUUCCCUUCCAUCGUGGGCCGCCCUCGCCACCAGGGCGUCAUGGUAGGCAUGGGGCAGAAGGACUCCUACGUGGGUGACGAGGCGCAGAGCAAGAGGGGUAUCCUGACCCUGAAAUACCCCAUCGAGCACGGCAUCAUCACCAACUGGGACGACAUGGAGAAGAUCUGGCACCACACCUUCUACAACGAGCUCCGCGUGGCCCCUGAGGAGCACCCAACCCUGCUCACCGAGGCGCCCCUCAACCCCAAGGCCAACCGCGAGAAGAUGACCCAGAUCAUGUUUGAGACCUUCAACGUGCCCGCCAUGUACGUGGCCAUCCAGGCCGUGCUGUCCCUCUACGCCUCCGGCAGGACCACCGGCAUCGUGCUGGACUCCGGCGACGGCGUCACCCACAACGUGCCCAUCUAUGAGGGCUACGCCCUGCCGCACGCCAUCAUGCGCCUGGACCUGGCCGGCCGCGACCUCACCGACUACCUGAUGAAGAUCCUCACUGAGCGCGGCUACUCCUUCGUGACCACAGCCGAGCGCGAGAUCGUGCGCGACAUCAAGGAGAAGCUGUGCUACGUGGCUCUGGACUUCGAGAAUGAGAUGGCCACGGCCGCCUCCUCGUCCUCCCUGGAGAAGAGCUAUGAGCUGCCCGAUGGGCAGGUCAUCACCAUCGGAAACGAGCGCUUCCGCUGCCCGGAGACGCUCUUCCAGCCCUCCUUCAUUGGCAUGGAGUCGGCGGGCAUCCACGAGACCACCUACAACAGCAUCAUGAAGUGCGACAUCGACAUCAGAAAGGACCUGUACGCCAACAACGUCAUGUCGGGGGGCACCACCAUGUACCCCGGGAUCGCUGACCGCAUGCAGAAGGAGAUCACAGCGCUGGCCCCCAGCACCAUGAAGAUCAAGAUCAUCGCCCCACCCGAGCGCAAGUACUCCGUGUGGAUCGGCGGCUCCAUCCUGGCGUCGCUGUCCACCUUCCAGCAGAUGUGGAUCACCAAGCAGGAGUACGACGAGGCCGGCCCGUCCAUCGUGCACCGCAAAUGCUUCUAGACGCCAUCCCGCCAAACGCCAGCUCUCCCCAGGACAACACGUCUGCCGGCGUUGCAGGUGGCUGCCCUCCAGCCGCCGCGCAGCAGCGGAUCUCCACCAACUCCAGCUGCUGCCGCCGCAACCCGACACAAUGUGUAUAACGUGUACAUACAGUAACUUAUUUACCUCAUUUUGUUAUUUUUAAAACAAAGCCCUGUGGAAGGAAAUGGAAAACUUGAAGCAUUAAACUCAUUCUGUCUGUUGCGUCAA